GCCGUCAAUAUCGAAUGGUGUGACAGUUCGGUCAGUGAGUUUCGAAUGUUGACUAUUGGCAGUUUUGUCGUGAUAGACUUUUUUCUUCUUGCUUUGUUUGGCGGUAUUUUAGCUUUUCUGUCACAGAUACAUCACAUACACGAUUGGUUCUCUGCUGAAAAGAAACAACGCAUUUUGCUUGUUUAAACGUUUUUUUAGCGUAUAUCGUGUUUUUUUGCGGUUAAGGGAGCAAAAAGUGCAAAUUUUUUCAUUAAUUUAUAAAAAUAGUGAAAUCCCGUGGUGUUGGAAAUAUUCAAACACACAAAUCGACACAUUUGUGAGAAUGGCACCUCGUCGCGGAAAGAAAGCAGCGGCUGCUGAAGUCGAAACUGUUGCAUCGCCAGCUAAUGACACCGAACAAGUAAGUGGUAAAACGUCAAAAGCCGACACCAAGAAAGCAAAGGUGGCAAAAGCAGUGAAGCCGGUUGAACAAAAUGAUGAUGUUGAGGCUGCGCCGGUCAAAGCUGAGCCAAAAUCCAAGAAAGCGGCUCCAAAAAGAAAAACAAAAGAAACCGAACCGAAUGAUACCGAUGCUAAUGGUGAAAGUGCAGCGUCAGCCACGGUUGAAGCGCAGCCAAAACGAGCAGCUUCCAGACGAAUUGCGAAGCAAAAUGAUGCAGUCGCAAAGCCUGAAACGGUUGAACCAGUGAAUGGUGCAACUGAUGAUGGUGGAAAGAAACCGAGCACCAGAGGAAAGAAAAAGUUGGAAUCACCAACAGUCACACCGAAGAAAAAAUCGAAGAAAGCGGAGCCCAAAGCACCAAAGCAAGCAGAAAACGAAGCCGGUUCAAGCAAACCGGAGAAGAAGGGCACAAAAGCCAAACCAGCGAAAUCGUCAACAAGCGAUAAGAAAGACGAUGUGAACAAAGCCACCGUUGUCCCAGAAACAAAGGGGAAGCGUGGUGCACGGAAAGCCGUCUCAGCAGCUGUUGAAGCUGAACAACCGGUCGAAAGUGAACCACCAGUCCAAAUUGAAAAACCGACAAAAGGAAAAGCAAAGAAAGUUGUUGCUGACAAAGCAAAACCAACAGCUAAAUCAACGAAUUCGAAAGAGGUAAAAGAAGAACCCGUUGUUGAUGAUAACAAGCCAAAAGAGGAACCCGUUGAAGAAAACAAUGGAGCUGAUUCAGCAAAAGGUCGCAAACGUAAACCAGCUAAAGUAGAGGCUGAAAAAUCACCGGCCAAGAAAAAGAAAGAAACAGCUGGUGGUGAUACGGUUGAUGGUGGUUUUUCGUCCAAAGCGAAUGGUUCACCGAAAAAACGUAAGGUCGCUGCAGAUUCGACCACAAAUGACACCGGCGAUGAUUUGGUGACCAAACGUAAGAAGCCAUCGAAGACCGAAGCCAAGGAGACGAAAACAAAGAUGAAUCCGACCACAAACGAUUUGUCGCAAAUCAACUUCGAUGUUGACAAAGAAUUCACACAGAAAAUUGUUUCGUGGAACGUGGCCGGCCUACGUGGAUUGGUUGGCAAAGGUGGAUUCGAUUACUUUGAAUACGAAAAACCAGACAUCAUCUGCUUGCAGGAGAUCAAAUGUUUGGAAGAAGAAGUACCAACCGAAGCAAAAUUGAAAGGCUAUCACCCUUAUUGGUGCUCAACGCCUGGUGGACGAGGUGGUGUGGCGAUUUUGACUAAAUCCAUGCCAUACCACGUACAAUACAAUCUCGGUGACGAAGAAAUGGAUGAAGAGGGUCGCAUCAUUACGGCUGAUUUUACGAGAUUCUAUUUGGUUUGCGUUUAUGUACCGAAUGCUGGUCGAAAACUUAUCAAUCUGGAUCGACGAUUGCGCUGGAACAAAUUGUUUGAACAACAUGUGACAGAGCUGAAGGCCAAGAAGCCAGUCAUCAUUUGCGGUGAUAUGAAUGUUGCCCAUGAAGAAAUUGAUUUGGCGAAUCCAAAAACCAAUCGCAAGAAUGCCGGUUUCUCCGAUGAGGAGCGAGCUGGAAUGACGGAUUUGCUUGGACUUGGUUUCAUCGAUACAUUCCGUGAAUUCUACCCCAAACAAGAAAAGGCAUACACAUUCUGGACUUAUAUGGGCAAUGCCAGAGCAAAAAAUGUUGGAUGGCGCCUGGAUUAUGCACUCGUUUCCGAGAACCUCAAACCAAAAAUCGUCGACAGCUUCAUGCGCACACCAAUCCUCGGUAGCGAUCAUUGUCCCAUUGUUCUGCUGAUGCUCAACUGAAAUCGGCCACACAUAACCAUUCACAACCGAUGAUUCAAUUGAAUUUAAAACAUAUAUUACCGUUUCUCAUUACCAAUUCCAUUAUUUGUCUUAUUUUUGAAACACAAUUGUAACAAUAGAACACAGAAUCGAACUUAUGUUCAUAGAGCCGAUUUGUGUUUUUUUAAGGUUUUCUUAACAGAAGUAAAUUGUUUCUAAUACGGUUCUUUAUCAAAUAAAUAUAUAAAUAUCCAAAGAAACCAAAA